AUGCUGAAGCGGUUUGAUGUGACCACGAACGCUUUCACCCCUGCUGCCACCGAUGCCGACCUAGGGCCGAAGAGAGAUGACGAGCCCGCGGUGGAUAACCCUGUGAGGGAGGCGAUCGGAUGCCUGAUAUGGACGAAGCUGACGAGGCCAGACAUCGCCCUGCCUCUGAACAAGCUCCAGAAGAUCGCCCACUCACCCACCGGGAGGAUAUGGAACGCGCUUGUGCGGAUCAUGUCCUACCUGAACUUCACGAAGGACUUCGGCAUCACCUACGUACGGGGGUCACGACUAGACCUAAGCGUGUUUGUCGAUGCCAGCUACGCUGACAACGAAGUAGACAGGCGUUCUACGACCGGGUUAGCUGUGACCGUAGGUGGUACCGUAGUGUGUGCAUCCACCAAGACGCAGCCAGUGACGGCUCAGUCCACCUCGGAAGCAGAGUAUAUGGCAGCCGGGGAGGGCGUUAAGGACGCGUUGUUUGGGCGUGGCGUUCUGUCGUUCAUAGCGCCCGAGACGAGUGGGGCGAAGGUCAAGUCCUUGAGGACAACAAGGGGGCUCUCGCCUUAA